CGCAAGGCAACGCAACGCAGCGUGAUUGGGUAAUAUCCCUCGACCCUCAUGUCGUUAUCUAGUUCCCAAAGUUCUUAUUCUUAGAAGAAUGAAGUCACCACCAAUCGCUCACUUACGCACAGCAAGAAGAAAAGAGAGAUAUGGGAUUAGCCUCCGUUGUUCACAACGGCAUCAAAAUCCCAUUCAAAUUCCAACACAGUGACAGGGUUUCACUCUCACACUCCAAAUUCUCUCCCCUCGUCUCUUCCUUUUCCUCUGAUUGUCAUUCUCGCGGUGCUCUCUUUUUUCCAAUUUUGGGCUUCAAGCGAGUAGUUAAGGAUGGUAGAUUAACUCCCUCAGAUGUAAAGAGAAUCUACGCUCAACCAAAAGAAGACAUUAGCAAGAAGGAGCCAUCUAAGGAUAAAAGUACACAAGAGUCUCUGGGAGAUAAAACUUACAGCUCUUCUGUUAGAAAUGUGGUCUUAUGGGUGAGUGCGGCAGUGGCAUUUGGUGUUGGUUUGGGAUUUAAAGAGGGUGUUGACAAGGCAUCUGAAUUCUUCGCUGGAUACAUAUUGGAGCAAAGUCUUUCUGUAGAUAAUCUCUUUGUCUUCGUUCUGAUAUUCAAAUACUUCAAAGUGCCAAUUAUGUACCAGAAUCGUGUACUUUCUUAUGGUAUUGCUGGCGCAGUUAUCUUUCGCCUAACAUUAAUACUUCUUGGAACAGCCACCCUUGAGACGUUUGAGGCAGUCAACCUUCUAUUGGCCGCUAUAUUACUUUACUCAUCAUUUAAGCUAUUUGCCAGUGAAGAUGAUGAGUCGGACUUAUCUAAUAACUAUGUGGUGAAGACAUGCCAGAAAUUUAUCCCUGUAACAACAUAUUACGAUGGAAAUCGUUUCAUAACAAGUCAAGAUGGGCUGUGGAAAGCCACCCCUUUGCUUCUUACUGUAGCAGUUGUUGAGUUCAGUGACAUUGCAUUUGCAGUUGACUCAAUACCUGCAGUUUUUGGCGUAACUCGGGAUCCGUUUGUAGUAUUUUCGUCUAAUCUUUUUGCCAUUUUGAGUUUAAGGUCACUUUACCCAAUAAUAUCUGAGGGCAUGUCAGAGUUGGAGUUCCUGCAGCCAUCCAUUGCUGUUGUUCUGGGAUUCAUUGGGUGCAAGAUGAUCCUGGACUAUUUUGGAAUCCAUGUAUCAACGGAGGCUUCUCUUGGAUUUGUAGUCAUAUGUCUUACUACAGGAGUGUUAUUAAGUGUGGCCAAGAAAUCUGAUUAACUUGGUAAAACUCCAAGUUUGGGUAGAUUAAGCUGUAUUUGAUCGCGCAUGUUAUCUUUUAGACCUUGUAGUUCCAUAUUUUUAUUUGGAUUUAGCUAUUUUGUAUUUUAAAAGCACAUUUUAAGAAUAUAAUAAUAUUU